AAAAUAAAUUUCCAUUUUUAACAAAAUAUUUCGUAAACUUUCUGUUAAUUAAAUUUUAAAACGUUGAGAAAUUAAAAAAAAAUUAUUUUAAAUAAAAAGCAGUGCAACACAUUGCAAUCAAUUAAUAUCCAAAAAGCCAAAUAAAAACAAAGAAAAAAAAACAAAUGAUUCCAUAAUGGUUUUAUUGUGGUUAUUAAAAUCAAUUAUAAGCAAAAAAUCGAUUAUUGUGUAAAAAGUUAAAAAAAACAGAAAGCCAUAAAAUAAUUUUCCUCUUUUUUUUAAUAAAUAACGAAAAAUAAAUUAUUUAACGGCACAACAUGAAGAUAUAAAAGAUUUUACUUUCCACGUAUUAUAAAUUUUUGUAUAUUGUGGAGCACCCCCACCUGCAGCAAAGAAUAAAAAAAAGCUGUCAUAAAUUUGCAUAUAAAUUGUUUAACGUCUGCUGUUUAACCAAGCCAAUUUAACAAAGAGAAAUCAAAAGAUCAAACAUUCAACUUUGGAAUUUUAAGCAAAAAUAAUGUAUUUUUUUAAAAAGAAAAAAAUUAUUCAGUUUUGAAAAGCGCAUUAAGAAAAUAUAAUAAUAUAGAACGCUCUUGUAAAUCCAUAAAUAAACAACAAUAAACAAGAAACAAUUUAUUACUACAAGCUAUGACCGACAGCAUGAGUGUCCUUAAUAUAAAACAGGAAAUACAAGAUACAACCUCAAAUCUUAAUAAUAUUAAUUGUUUUAGUCCCUCUACUACCACAACAGCCAAUAAUAGCAGCAGCAAUAAUAACAACAGACGUAACAGUGGUUCAAAUAGUGGUGGUGGUACAGCUAACGGCAUGAAAUCCUCUCCCUCUGUUUCCCCAGAACGUCAAAUGUGUAGUUCUACUACCACUCUAAGUCUCAACAGUAAUGGUUCGUAUAAUAAUGGUGAGGAGUCUGCUAAUAAUGGAUCCUCCAACGCCCAAGGUUCAAAUCCUAGUCAAAGUUCUAGUUCAGGCAAUUCUAUACGUGAUGAACUAAGACGUUUGUGUUUGGUGUGUGGUGAUAUUGCUUCCGGUUUUCAUUAUGGUGUAGCCAGUUGUGAGGCUUGCAAGGCUUUCUUUAAACGCACCAUACAGGGUAAUAUUGAAUACACCUGUCCGGCCAAUAAUGAAUGUGAGAUCAAUAAGAGAAGAAGGAAAGCCUGCCAGGCUUGUCGUUUUCAGAAGUGUCUGCUAAUGGGCAUGUUAAAGGAAGGCGUACGCCUUGAUCGUGUUCGUGGCGGUCGGCAAAAAUAUCGACGCAAUCCCGUUUCCAAUUCAUAUCAAACAAUGCAAUUACUUUAUCAAUCGAGCAUCACCUCUCUCAGUGAUGUUAAAAUACUCGAUGCCCUUAGUAAUAAUGAACCUGAUCUGUUAUCUGUUAAGUCUGUGCAACAAAACAAUAAUGGCGGAAGUUCUUCAUCCUCCCUACUCGAGGAUGAAAUUGCCACAACCAAUUCAUCACCUACCAAUGUCAAACACGAACAUCAACAUAAUCUUUUAACGACAAAUAACGAUAAUGGGGAUAUAUCACCACCUUCGACCCCGACUUCUUCGACAGCGGCUAGUUCGAAUACAGCUUCCACCACCACAAAUUGCAUUUUUCAAUUGAAUUCAUCGCCCACUAAUAACAAUAAUGAUGCCCAUGAUAUAUUGGGCACCUUGAGUAAUUUGUAUGAUACCGAACUGGUGCAUGUUAUAGGCUGGGCCAAGAGUAUACCCGGUUUUGUGGAGCUGCAGUUAAGUGAUCAAAUGAAUCUGUUACAGGUCACCUGGCCAGAAAUAUUAACACUUCAAUUAAUAUUUCGUUCAUUGCCUUUUAAUGGUAAAUUAUGUUUUGCUUCCGAUCUUUGGAUGGACGAGCUAUUGGCCAAAGAAUGUGGCUACACAGAGUUCUAUUAUCAUUGCUUACAGGUGGCCCAACGUUUGGAACGCAUUUCGGUUAGACGUGAAGAAUAUUAUCUACUUAAAGCUUUGAUUUUAACCAAUUGUGAUAUCAAUUUGGAUGAUCAAUCCUCCUUAAGGGCAUUUCGUGAUUCCAUCUUAAAUUCUCUCAAUGAUGUGGUCUAUCUAUUGCGUCACAGUUCCGCUGUAUCGCAUCAACAACAACUGCUACUUUUACUGCCUGCCCUGAGACAAGCCGAUAGCAUAUUACGCAAUUUUUGGCGUAGCGUUAAAGCCAAAGGCUUAGUUACUCUAAAAAAGUUAUUUGCCGAAAUGUUAGAGCCGGUAUCACGGUGAGGUCUAACAAUUUCACAAUCUUAGCAUUUCGUUCAUCUAAAUAGUUGUAAAACUAAAAAAUAGUUAAAAUAUUAUUUGUUGAAUUUUAGUUUUUUUUUUUCAUUUUAAGUUUAAUGUGAAUUUAUUAUUUUAUUUUAAGCGAAAAGAUAUGAAGGAAAUCUUAUUUAAUUAAUAACUAAUGGCAGUGGUUAGAUUACCUCAGUUUUGCUGGAAA